UCAUUUUCAUACCAAAGUCUGUGCGAUUCAAAGAUGGCCGUAUAAUGUUUGUGCUCCGCAAGUGAUAGCGUGGAAAAGUGCAAGCUUGAAAGUGAAAAUUAAGCUUCAAACGAGUGUUGAAAAACAUUCAAGUUGAUUGACAAGCUGACAUUUGGCUAUUAAAAGUGUUAUUGAACAGUUUUGGCAACAUACUGUUGAUAUUGAAGUUGGAUUCAUUUGUCAUAUAAUAACAAAAACAAUUUUGUUGUAUAGAGAAGUAAAACUAAUAAAAAUCAUAAUAAAGACUAUUUUUGAUUGUAUACAUUAAGUUUCGAAACAAUUUAACAAAGAUUGUGAAAUAUUAGCAUUCGUUGAAUCAGAAACAAUUAGUGCACUUGCUGGCGGAAGUGAUCGACGGGGCAUCCCAGCUCCGGGGAGCCAUAUUUAAAAAUAAAAACAAAGGAAAUCAUCUGUUUUUUCCAUCCUCGGACAAGUUUUAACGUGAAAUAUAUAAAGUAGAUGAUAUAAUCGUGCUACUUUUUUCAUCAUCAUCGUCCACCUAAGUCGGUGUUAAACUCUGAAAUCGAUUAUUGAACCAUAGAACGGUUGUCGGUGCAGCUCCCGUUUCAUAAACCUGGAUAUGAGCGGUAUCGGAAACGCUCAAGGCACUAAUGUUGGCUUCUCCACCAUAUCGGAGUUUUAUGAUCAGUCCAGCGUGAGCAGUAGCAGCACCAUCAAACUAGAGUCCGUUUCUCCCAGUCCGUCCUCCAGCAGCACAUCCAUGAUGGACGCACUGAGUAACAAUCCGAUCCUGACCACGGCUUCCGUACCCAUUCCUUCUCGGCAUGCAAACCAACGGAUGAUUACCGAUCCGACAGACUACUUCAUCGAAAUCGACCAAUCUCAGUCACCCCAUAUGCUGCAGGAUAUCAGCUUUAUAACCACAUCCGCCAAUUCCAAUCUUAGUGCUUCGACUCCAGUGGACACAAUUUUUACUCUUCAGAAUAUUACGGACGCUGGUCUCGUAGGUGAAGGAAUCCAAAUUGGCACAAUUAACAUCAACGGGUUUGCAAACCCGGAAACAUGGAAUGUGGAUUCAUUCGGACAGAUUAUCUCACCCUCGUCAACGGUCUCUUCCGCGGCAAACGCACUUGGUCAGCAAGGUCAAUUUCACAUGGAUGAAGACGAUAUCUAUCAGCUCGAUAAGGACGAGCUCAUUGGUGAUCCAACGCUAGGCGAUAUCUUUGCCCAUGAUCUACUGCAUGAGGACUUGAUGCUGUUGAAUCCUCCUCUGAGUCAACCAUCGCCGAACCUCAGCGCCGACAGUGGCAGUGGCAGUGCAAUACAUCUCUCACCUAGUUUACCACAGCAAAUUCUUCGGUCCAAUCCAAAUUCAAAUGCUAACAACAACAUGAUAAUGAUGAUUGGAACCAACAUGCAACAAACUAACGACUUACACGUUCCAAAUAUGGGCGAACUCUACGAUGAACAAACUCGAAUUUCAACUUCUCCUUACGCUACCAAUACCAACAUCAGUUCGCCUGCAACUUUCUCUCCUGGUAGCCACAGUUCCAGUCCUUCGCUGGGGUAUUCUCAAGCGCAAACCCCUCCACUCCAAAACCGGCUCCAUCAGCAGCUACAAAUGAAUGCUAUGAAUAACAACAAUCGUUUGCUGAAGAUGGACCAUACUGACAAGACUAAGAAUCAAAAUGUGACGAACAACAAUUUCAGCAGAAACACUGGCAACGUUGGCCAGGUGCAGUACAACCCGAAGUACUCCACAUUGCAGCAGCUGCUGAUGACGAAUACGGCUGACAGGAGUGGAAUGAUGCUUGGACAAUCGGUGCCUGGAAACUCUUCCGUGCUGAUGAGUGGUGCUUCCCUGAGCCCGGGCAGUUUCAGCGGACGUAGGAUGCUGCAUCACAUGCAUGCCCAAGCCGGUUCUAGUCACUCGGGCAUUGGUGGUGCUGGCAGUGGUGGCGGCACGAGCGGUGGUACCAUGUCACGGCUGUCCUCUUCGGCACCGACCCACAUGGGAAUGGACGUAUUGAUGUGGCAACGUCGGGAGCCACGGCCCCAUUUGCUGUCCACCGGAAGCUUGGCGGAAGCUGGAUCGACUUCGUCGCUUAGCACCGGAAGCGUUCUCAGUCCGGAGGCGCCGGACUUUUCGCACGAUGAAGGAUAUUCUGACGACAGCGAUCAUUACGAGGACUUUUCCAGCGGUGACGAGGGAUCUGACACAGAGGAUAUGGGACAAGCAUCAGGCGGUGGUCCAAGCAGCUCCAAGGCGAAGCGAUACUUCUGGCAGUACAACGUACAGGCCAAGGGUCCGAAAGGUCAGCGGCUGGUCAUCAAGACCCACACCGAGGAUCCGCACUUCCUGAACGAGGUCACCGAUCCGGUCUUCAGCCCGAAUUGCUCCGUACGCGGCAUAAAGAACCUUCGUUUACAGCACAGUGGAAAGGCACGCAAAGGUGACGGCAACGAUCUGACGCCCAAUCCGAAAAAGCUGCACAGCAUCGGCAAGGAGUUGGACAAACUGGGCCGGGUGAUCAACGACAUGACUCCGGUCAGCGAGCUUCCGUUCAACGCACGACCGAAGACAAGGAAGGAGAAGAACAAGUUGGCUUCCAGGGCUUGCCGCUUGAAGAAGAAGGCUCAGCACGAAGCCAACAAGAUCAAACUAUACGGACUGGAAACAGAACAUAAGCGUUUGAUGAAUGGCAUCAAGCAGAUGAAGCAAAUACUUGUGACCAAAUGCAGUCAGGUUCCCUCAGAGCCCACAGAGGAUCAGAAGCAAAAUAUGGAAACGCUAGUCAGCUCUGCAACAAAGCUGAAAAUUGCCGGAAACUCUACGGAAUUCGUCAACAGAAUAUUAGAUGUUAUCAAAGCUGGUAAUAGCGUCAAUAUCGACAAAGUGCUGGAAGAAUUCUAAAUUCGCCUUAGAUGGUAUUGACGGGAGACGAGAUGAAACGAUUUGAAUGAUGAGACUGUAAGAUAAUACUAGACGUUAAGGCAACAGAUCAUUUUUGAACUUGUAAUCACUAGUGUAGAGAGCAGCGCAGAAGACCAUUUGCACCUUAUUUAUGCAUACUUUCUUCUUUUUGUACGACGCAAUGAGGAGCACAACGCGGGCAUCAGCUGAUACACUUCUCCUGGAAGAAGUGUUGAUGUGGCCAAUAUCAGGGAAAGAGAAUAUUAUUUUCUAUCGAUCCAACGUGUCCCGACGAGUCAGUUUAACUGGCUGAUUGAUUGAGGUGAUAUCUGGUAGCGGUUGAACCGGGUGAUAGAUUCAAGAAAAUGUGGUAGAAUCGAGCUCAGGAUUGUUCUGUACGUUCGAAUAAAAAUGAAAAGACAGGCAAACAGUGCUCCUUACGUUUUGUUGAGAUUAAACGCUCGAAAAUAUUGAAACUUUAACGUUGUGUAACAAUGUAUAAUCUACUGUACUGGAUGGACGAAGAAUCGCUGAGGCUUGGACUUGAAUCGGAUGAGAUUCGAGUUCAGCCAUUUUCCAAAUAGGAAUGACGAUUGAUAAAACUACUGCUGAUGGUAACAUAUGUACCUUCUAUAUUCAUAUUAUGAAGUAUAAUUAAGUAUCAAGUUUGUAUAAUUAUAACAAUAAGAUGAUUUAUUUUAACCAAGUCCGAGUGAUAAGUUUAAGCACAGUUGGUUCGAGUGUUACAGAGUUGGCAGAAAAUUACUACUAUUGAUAUUCACAUUUAUUUGGUCAACUUGUUGAAAAGAAAAUUAUCCAACGCAAUCAAAGUUUUGAACAUAUACCGUAGAUAAGUAGCUUUUAAAAUUUCAUUUACUUCAAAAAAGUGAAAAUGAUGCGUUUUGUUCUGUAAAUUACAGAGAGCUAAUAUUAAAGUUGUAUCGUUUAUUGCUUAACCGCAGUGCGUAGGAAGGGCGAAGGACAGUUUUCACUUUUUUGGAAAAUGCGUUUUUGGCUAGGAGAAAGUCGUUUCGUUUGCAUUGAUAUCUCACGGUUUCAUGAUUUUGCAAAAUCAAUCAUAGAGAAGAUACAAACAUUUUCCACAUAUUUGGCACCAAUACAAUAAACACCUCUCAACAGUUCCACCUUGCAUUUACGAUGUCAUGCUGCUGAAACACUUUACUCACUUCCAAAAGCUGUCAACAUUUUAUAUACCGUAAAACGGGGUAACUUUGAUAGUUUUUUCGAAGAAAACUUGAAUAUUUAUGCAUGCUGUUUCAAACAAUAAUAAUUUAUAUUUUUAAAACAAGUACUGGCAUCCUAGCUAUCGAUUGCAGUCAAUAGAUUUUCAAAAGAUUUAUUAUGAAUGGAUAUAUAAUUUUUCAUAUAAUCGAAAGUUGGUUUUCUGUUUUGGGGUAACUUUGAUAAUGGAGUAUGAAUCGAACAAAAUUGAAUGAAUAACGAACAUUUGUAGGGCAUUGCAUACCUCGAGGCGUAUAACGUUAUAUGGAAAUCUCUGACAUAGAUUACAAAAAUGGUCCCAGUUUGUGAAAAUGCUAUUCGCUAAGAGAUUUGAGACCGUAUUCAAGUUCUAUGAUAACUAGGCUAUCAAAGAUAAGUGGCCAACUAUUCAAAACUACAUCAAAUAGUGAUCGUGAAACAGAUUGUUUGUAAGCGUUUCAAAAAUGCUAAAAUUGUGUCAAUUUUAAAUAUUUGUAUAAAAAGCCUCAAAUGCACUUGAUUCCAAUGAAAAUAGCUUUGACAUGAAGUGUCAUACUAAUACUCUUUACUUUUGCAUUUGUUUUGCUUAACUGAUUAACAGAAACUUCGUUAUUUCGUUUAGUAUGUUGUGGGUCUCGCACUAUCAAAGUUACCCGCAUUAUCAAAGUUACCUCGUUUUACGGUACAGUCAUUUUGUUCAUGUUUCCACCUCUAUUUUUUUUUCUUUAUAAACAACAUCUGUGAUUAUCUUUGUUAGUGGGUGUCUUUUUGUUUUCCCGUUUAUAGAAGUAGGGUUAGUUUCGUAAAAUGUUUGCAUAUUGUUAAGACUAGGCUUACUAAAUUCAAAAACACUUGGCUCUAUUUAGAACUCAGUACCGACGAUUAAAAGAAGUAGAUGGUUCCUCAAGUAAUCCGUUCCGAAUCGCUUCACAUUCGAUUAUCGAAUCGUUAAUCAUUGCAGUUUAUGCUACAAUUUUGUGUUUCGUUCACUGAGCUGGCCUCGUAUUGCUAUGGACCCGCAUUUCACUCUGUAUUUUGAUCGAUUUUGAUAACUGUUAUCCUCCCACUUUCCCCCCCUUAAGUAAAGCCAAACGAGAUAGCAGCGGUGAAAAAACAUGGCGCAUGGACUGAAUGAAACAGAGAACAUUAAAUAUUUUUACGAAAACCAUAUUGUAGGUACCUGUAUGCCGAAAACGAGUAACAAAGCAGAUUGUUAGUGAUCUGUCACUAGAGUUAGUGUACACUGGAAUAGGAAUCUGGUCGAAAAUACUACCUCAUACAAUUGACAAAGUAAUGAUAGCACGGUAGAAAGAUGGUACCAAAAGUAAUGUAAAACUCAUUUUAAUGAUACAAAUAUAACGAGAAACAAACAAUAGUUUUGAUCAGGCUGGACAAAUGUGGAUUCGUUCCGGUGAACAGAUUACGAGUAUAUGUAGAUGCCAUAAUGAAUGGGACGUUAUGAACGCACCAAAACAAGACUUGACACUAUCUUGAGCAGUUUCCCGAGCGCGGGAAGCGAAGCAGUUCAGCGUAAAUUUUCAGCUACAAAUUUCAUGCAGCAGGUUUAACCUCUGGCCGUAUCUAUGGACCUUAACACAUACAUAUAAUCAUUAAUAUGUCCCUAAACAAACGUAUGAUUUACGGCGAUAAACUACUAACGCCAAAUUGACAUAUUUCCGAUCAAUCCAAUACCUACGCCAUUAUGGUCAUCUUUUUCCGAAAUGAAAGCUUAUUAUAUUUCAUACAAGAAACGAAAUCUGUAAUAGCUGUGCUUAUGUUAUUUAAGAUCAAACAGAUA